ACAAAUUUACAUUUUGUCUCUUUCCGUUUUGCAAACACUCCCAUUUUUUCGUCUACCCUGCCGUAACGCUUUAUCAAUUCACUCAGACAAUCCUCAAUCUUGAAAAUCGCUCUCCUCUCACAGACCGGGGAACAGAUUCAACAUUGGAUCUAACCAUGGCUCCCACAAUCUAUGUCGUCCGCCAUGCUCAGGGCCACCACAAUAAUCAACACCAUCUCCGCGACCCCAAUAUCACAGAUCUUGGUCACACUCAAUGCACGAAUCUCAGCAAGACUUUCCCCAAAUCUGAGCUUCCUGCCUCUCUCACAAUUAUGGCCUCGCCAUUGAUCCGCACAAUCCAAACCGCCUGUCUUGGUUUCGGUGAUUUGCUAAAGACAAGGCCUGACGUCAAGUUCUUGCUGGUACCAAUGGCUCAAGAGAUUGCGAACCAACCUUGUGACAUUGGCUUUUCUCAAUCGGAACUCAAGCCAAAAAUCGCCGCCUGGCUAGAUGAGAACAGGAUUGGCUUUGGAGUUGAGAGGAUGAACUGGAGCUUAGUAGAGGAUGGCUGGAACUCAAAGGCUGGACCUUACACUGCUUCGCUGGAAGAAGUCACAGCUCGUGCUGCUGCUCUUCGUGCCACCCUUUACGCUUACCCUUCAGAAGCAGUCGUAUUGGUUACUCACGGCGCUUUCCUGCACUACUUUACUGCCGACUGGACUUCUUUCGAUGGAGCAAAGGGCACUGCUUACGAGAACUGCGAGUUCAAGAAAUUCACGUGGGACAGCGAGGGAAGCGAUGGCAUCCACUUGCAGGAAGUUGGUGGUGCAAAGAUCAAGCUAGGUAGACCUGCUGGUGUUCACGCCCAUGUACUCCAAGGUAUCGAGAUGGUCAAAGGACAAAAUCCUAGAAAAAUUAGAGUGGGCAAUGGCAAAAUAUGAGCUGUCAAGACUAAAUGGCAAAAGAACAAAGUUGGACGUGGACAGAUUCGAACUCAAGGUCAUGGCUACCAAAAAGGUGGACAUCAGUGAACCCCAAUUCCGCACGAUAGGAGCUCGCCGCCGUAGC